GUUUUGGUCCUCUCAUAAACACUGAACUAUUACUCUCUUCAAUUCUUAGCUUUCUUUACCCAUUCACUGAUACCAACAACACAUAUCACUCUUCACCCAACAGAAUCUAUACCUUUUCUUCCUUCUAUUCUCUUUGAAUCCAUAGUUUUUUCAUCUUUUUCAUUCAAGAGAAGUUUCAACGAAAGUCUCCUCCAGUCACAAACUCAUCAAUACAAGAAUCACCACCACCCAUGAUGUUAAAAGCUUUUCUUUCUUCUUUAUUCUCAUCACUCUCUACUCCUUUCCGUUUUUAAUAUUUACACCCUUUUACUUUCUUUUUCUUGAUCUUUUUUCCUCUUAAAUCUUUACCUUUUCAUAUCUUUUUGGAAGAUUUCUUCAUAAAAAGCCUUUGGAAUACUCAUCCUAAAGGUUUAUAGGCUAUAACCCUUCUUCUUCACGGUUCUCUUUAUAUUCUAAAACCGGGCCUAUUUGUUCCUUAACCACACACACUCUUUUUUCUUUGUCAUAAGAGUCAAACACAAUGGAAAAACAGAGUAUCCUAUGCAAAUACACAGAACAUGAAACUGUUACAAAAAAACUCAUCACAACAAAGAAAAAUGGUCACAGUAACAACAACAACAAUACAACCAUAAACCCAAGAGUUGUAAGAAUAUCUGUCACCGACCCAGAUGCAACCGACUCAUCAAGUGAUGAAGAAGGACAAAUACAAACCUUCAGAAACAGAACAAAACGUUAUAUAAACCGUAUUGAAAUUGAAACCACUACAAAAGCUGUUGUUAGCAGAAAAAGACCCGCCGGAGAAACAUCAACUGUACGACGGCCGGCGAAGAUUCCGGCAGUCAACAACGGUAAAAAGUUCCGUGGUGUACGACAGAGACCAUGGGGUAAGUGGGCUGCAGAGAUUCGAGAUCCUGCACGGAGGGUUCGUCUUUGGUUAGGUACUUUUGAAACUGCAGAAGAAGCUGCUAUGGUUUAUGACAAUGCCGCUAUUAAGCUUCGUGGACCAGACGCUUUAACAAACUUCCUCACACCGCCGCUGAAAGAAGAUAUUCCGGUAGAACCUUCCACCGUGAAACCAGAAAUGAAGGUUGUUGUUGAUGCUGAUGUUGAAGGUGAAGCUUCUGGCCUUGGUAACUCCGGUUAUGAUUCCGGUGAAGAAAUAUGUGUUCCACUUUCUUCUCCAACUUCAGUUUUAAAUUUCCGGAGUAACUCUGGCGAAGAGGAACAAAGUGAAGCUUGUGAGGUUUUCAGAGAUUGUCAAGGUGAGACAACAACAAAUUUGUUUGAUGAAACUGCGUCAUUUUUUCAACAAGAUAUGCCUUGUUGGGAUGAUGUGUUCAACUUCCAAACACCAGAUUUUCCUACGUUGUUUGAAGAAGACAGUAACAAAAUGAUGUUUGAAGAAAAUACAACGCCUUUUUUGUUUGAUGAAGAUUUAAGUGACAGCAUUGUUCUUGCUGACUCACUCAUAGAUUUUGAAAAAGCAUGUUUUCCUUCACCUUCUUCUUCUUCUACUACAUCUUUGUGUCAAGUGGAUGAUUUCUUUCAAGACAUAUUGUUAGGUUCAGAUCCUCUUGUUGUGCUUUGAGAACAGAAGCUGAGGUUUUGUACCAUGAUUUUGGUUCCGGUGAGAUAACAAAAAAUAUAAAAUAAAAGUUACUUCAAAAAUAAUUAAUAUUAAUUAGUUUAUUUGGUUAUUAUUAUUUGUUUUGUACACUCUGUUUAGAAAAUGCUAAUGGAGUGUAUGGUUGAGUGAAGUUUUGUUUAGAUUCUACUUGUAAUAGUUGUUAUUUUUACCUAAUAAUUAGAAUGGUUGAGAAAUGUAAUGUAUAUUGAUUGGAAGGUUUAAUAUUCCAAUUCCAGUUCUUUACAAUUUGGUAAUGCUAAUUAGAAGGUUUAAUAUUGAUUGGAAGGUUUAA